AUGAACAGAGUCACCACGACCAUUACUCUCUUGGCCACCGAGGCGACGCCCCAAUGGCUUCUUGGGCUAAUCCAACGGUGGUUCGAGAAAUCACCCAAAGAAGAGGUGGCCCCACCUGCGGAGGAUGCUGCGACUUACAUGUUCAAUCCGCGCAUCAACUCGUCAUCCUUUGACCCGGCCCUCGCCAAGAGCAAGCAAUCACUGCGCUCACGCCGAUCAUCCCGCUUGCAGGCCAACCUGGACAACCAGUUUCAGGCCGAUGUUCCUGUGGUUGAAGAGGAGCUCCGUCAUCAGGCUGUUGGAGAAGAGCAGGAGCAGAGCCGGCCCAGGUCCGAUGAGGGGCUCAAGUCCGCGUGGAUCUGA